GUCAGAGGGGGUAGGAGGCCUGGCAGAGAAGCUUCACGGCCUCACAAGAGAAGCUCCUCUCUGGGACACAACCGCUCUGACUCAGAAGCCUCCAGCCGCACCAGGACGGGCAGCAUUGGGGCAUGUGUCCAUCCCCUGGUGACUGUGACCCAAACUAACAGCUAUACCGACGGCAAGGUGGAGAAGAGCACCGACUCUUCGCCCUCACACUCCCAGAUGUCUCGCUCGUCCUCAAAGAAGUCCAACAAUUCCCUUCUUGUUACCAAUGGCAAGUUAGAAGAUGUGAAGCACUUGGUGAGAAAAUCGAGUAGCAUUGAGGUCCACACUGUUCGAGUCAACCUUAAGGACAUUAUCUGUUACUUGACGCUGUUGGAGGGCGGCCGACCCGAGGACAAACUGGAGUUUAUGUUCCGGCUCUACGACACGGACGGCAACGGUGUACUCGAUACUAACGAGAUGGACUGCAUAGUGACUCAGAUGAUCCAAGUAGCCGACUAUCUUGACUGGGAUGUGACAGAGCUGAGACCGAUCCUGACAGACAUGAUGGCAGAGAUAGACUACGACAACGACGGCACAGUGUCCCUGCAGGAGUGGAAGAGAGGGGGAAUGACCACAAUCCCUCUCUUGGUGCUAUUAGGACUUGACACAAAUCUGAAGGAGGACGGAAACCAUGUAUGGCGGCUCAAGCACUUCAGUAAACCUGCCUACUGUAACCUGUGUCUCAAUAUGCUGAUGGGGCUGGGGAAGAAGGGGCUCUCUUGUGUCUUUUGUAAAUACACGGUACAUGAACGCUGUGUACAGAGAGCACCGGCGUCAUGUAUUGCAACAUAUGUGAAGAGCAAGAGAACCUCCCAGUCCAUGUUACACCACUGGGUGGAGGGAAACUGUCCCGGCAAGUGUUCCCGCUGCAAGAAGACUAUCAAGAGCUAUAAUGGCAUAACUGGUUUACAUUGCUGUUGGUGCCAUUUACGGCUACACAACAGAUGUGCAUCCCAAGUUAAGCCUGAAUGCAACUUCGGUGAGCACAGAGUUCAUGUUCUUCCCCCUACAGCCAUUUGUCCCAUCGUCCUGGACCGCCAGAGAUCCAUAUCGAAGGAGAAGAAAGAUCUCCAGCGGUCUGAGUCAACACCAGGUGGACUCUGUGAAGGAACUGUUUCAGCCCCGAUGUCCUUCCAGAUCACACCCCUCCCUGGAACCCACCCAUUGGCUGUCUUUGUUAAUCCUAAGAGUGGGGGGAGACAAGGUGCCAGGAUCCUCAGGAAAUUUCAGUACCUGCUAAACCCUCGCCAGGUGUACAAUCUAGCAAAGGACGGCCCCUUGACCGGCCUCCAGCUGUUCAAGGAUGUCCCAAAUGUUCGUGUCAUUGUGUGUGGCGGUGAUGGUACCAUAGGGUGGAUCCUUGAGCAGAUGGAUAAGGUGCAGUGGAGCCAGGCGCCGUGUGUAGGCAUCAUCCCCCUGGGUACUGGUAAUGACUUAGCUCGCUGUCUCAGGUGGGGCGGCGGCUAUGAGGGAGAGAGUCUUCACAAAAUUCUCAAGAAAAUUGAGAAAUCAUCUGUAGUAAUGAUGGAUCGGUGGCACAUCGAGGUGUCAGAACAAACGGGAACUCAAGAAGAAGGUGAAGUGGUUGGGGACAAGAUUCCUUACAAUAUCGUCAACAAUUACUUCAGUAUAGGUGUGGAUGCAGCUAUUUGUGCGAAGUUCCAUCUUGAACGAGAGAGAAAUCCUGAGAAAUUUAACAGUAGAAUGAAGAACAAAUUGUGGUAUUUUGAGUAUGCUACUUCUGAGACUUUUGCUGCCUCAUGCAAAAAUCUUCACGAAGACAUAGAUAUUAUGUGUGAUGGCGUCUCUCUGGACUUAUCAAAUGGACCUUCGUUACAAGGAAUUGCAGUGUUGAAUAUACCGUACACUCACGGUGGCUCCAACAUGUGGGGCGACAACACCCUCAAGAAGAGACAUAAAACAAAUAAAUGUAAGAAGAAAAAAGACAGAGAGAGAGAACUGUCAACAUCUUCGUUUACUUCUGCUGAUCUCACCACUGCUAUUCAAGAUAUUGGGGAUAAACUUAUUGAGGUAAUUGGACUUGAAAGUUGUCUUCAUAUGGGCCAAGUGAGAACAGGCCUCCGUGGAUCAGGUCGUCGCCUUGCCCAGUGCUCCUCUGUUGUUGUUAGGACAAGAAAGAAGUUCCCCAUGCAGAUUGAUGGUGAACCUUGGUCUCAACCGCCUUGCACAAUACACAUCAGCCACCACAACCAAGUGCCAAUGUUGAUGGGUCCAGGAACUUGUAGAAGAAAAGGACUUUUCUCUUUCAUCCAUAAGUGACAGGGGGAUUCUGGGGCAACAAGGAGUGCCUCAAAGUGUCCUAAAGAUUCUCUCAGGUUUUCUAAGCUUAGAUGUCUUGCACGAAGGCCAUGAACCAGGUGACUGUCAAAUUUAAAAGUCCUCAGUGCAGGAAGUGAUUGAUCUGAAUACCCAAAGACUUCCCGGUAAAUUUCAAAAUGAUGAGAAUCCAGAUAACAUACAGUACUGUACCAAGAUAUUGUAUUUAUUCACACUCAGAGUCAAGCUGAUGAACUGACAUGUUAGCUUGAGGAUCUUUGGUAGAAAUUUAUGCUAUUAAGGAGAGAUAUAAUGGGGUAGGAUUGAACAUAAAACUAUAAGCAGAAUCAAAUUGAAUAGGUUGUACUGUAUUAUCUGGCCUUUAGCUUUGUUGGAGUUAUAAAUGAAGGUGCUAUUCUUGUAAUAUGUAUUGGUUCAUUUAAUCAAAGAGAGAAAAGAUUUAUAUGAAAAUAACAAUGUUGAUAAUCACUAUACAGUACUGUAAAAUAAAUGAAAUGUAAAGGUGUUUUAACAUAAAUCACAAGAUGAUAUAGUACAGUAAUUAGUGCAUGACAUGGGAGGUGCUUCCUAGGUAUUGUUCAUGACCACAAAUUGAAAGUUUAUGUAAGAUACAAUAUAUUAAGAUUCAGAUUUAUGUAAGGCAAAAGAUUAAAAUCAAACUAAUACAGUAUAAAUAAAAGCAGUGUGAUAUAUAUACAGUAUAUAGUACUGUACUUAUUUAUACAGAUAUCAAAUUUAGAUAGUAAUUCAAGAACUUUCAUUAAGGUAGACCCUCAUAUUAAAGGUACAGUUUACUCUUUAACAGCCAUUUUUCCAAGCAACAGUAAUAAUAGUUUCCCUGGCUACAUUACUCACCAGUCCUAUUCAAGGAUGUUAAGAGUAUCUAUACGAGACCUUCAAGUACAGUACAGUACAUGUUUAAAUGCAACACAUAACCAAAAUUACACGUCAUUCCUUGUGCUGCUCUAGAAGCUCAGACUAAGUUGAGAAGACCUCCUAUUUCACACUUUUUAGAUGAUUGAUAACUUACUACAGUAUAGAUGAUAAUUAUGUUAAGAUACAGAUAAUAAGACUCCACAGUACAGCACUAUGCUCAUCAUCAUCAUGCAAGUAAUUCCAGACUGAUGAUUUUAGGAAGGCUUCAUGAUCCCAGUACUUGAAACUUUUAGUGGUUAUCUAUAUUAUUUUACUCUGCAACAUAAGACCAAGAGGAAAGUGAUCAUGUUUUGACUAAUGAAAUCCCAAUAAUGAUUCUUUAGAGAGGGAGAAUCACAAUUACCUGUUGAGUAAUUGUAAUGUCGUAAAACUAUGAAUUCUCUCUAAAAGAAAAAACAAACAGGAAAUUAGUUUUAUCAUAUCUUAACUAUUGUGAUUGUGAAGCAGUGAAUGAGUUAUGUUGUGUGUGCUGU